AUGUCAUAUGGAGGGAGUAGAAGAAAUCAACAUACUAAUAGUUCACCUAAUCAUGCAUUUGAAACAAAUACCAGGUUUUUUCCAGUUGUUUCUUCUCAAGUAGCUUAUAGAAAUAAUGAAAUUAAUUCUAACACUCCUCCACUCCCAAGGACUCCAACAAACAGGCCCAGUACACCUUCUAAUAGCCCCGGAAGACCACAGCUUACUUUAAACGAAGGAAUGUUUUACGUGAGACCAGAGAGUGUUUCCCAUUCAUUGAAUUUAGAGGAUCAAGACGCUGAAUUAUCAAAUACAGAUUCCAAUAAAACACCCAACUCAUCACCAGUGAGCCCUCACCAGGAAAUUAUUGCGAGUGCAUUAGGAUUUAGCAGCCAUUCAAGGGUUUACCAAUUAUCUGCAUCUAGUAGUCCCCACGGAGCCCAUAAUUCAAGUAUUGACCUCGUAGGGUCUCUAGUGAAUUCAACAUCAUCCAAAGAUAUUAGAAAAUAUUUGGCAUCACGUCCAAGUACAGCACCAACGGGUCAUCGUAAAAAGACCAUUAGAUUGACAAAGCCGGACCAUAAUCUCGAGGCACCCGGUUUGAAGGAUGAUUUCUACUGCAAUGUGGUUAGUUGGUCAAAAAUGACGAACAGGAUUGCCGUGGGGCUAAAUAAGUCAGUUUAUUCUUGGAGCACAAAUAAUGAUGUUGUUCUCAUGCACCAUGAUAACUUUAUCACCGUCACGGCCGUCUCAUAUUCUGACCACGAUUAUAUUCUUAUUGGGAAGGAUAAUGGGGAGGUGUUAAUGUUAUCUCAACGGGAGAAUGCUAUCAAGGCCACUCUCUCCAAUCACGGCAAAAGCAUCUUUUGCUUCCAGUGGUUUCCUGAUUCACGCCAGUUUUUGGCAGGUGAUUCUAAAGGAGAUGUAUUGUACGUUAAAAUUACAGAAGACAGUUUAGGUAACGUCAGUUUAAGGAUACAGUGUAUAUUGGAAUGUCAUCAACAGCAGAUCUGCGGUCUUGCACUAAGCAACGAUUCUCAACUUCUAGCUGUAGGAGGAAAUGACAAUUGCUGUUCGAUAUGGGACGUCUCUGAUGUUUCAGCACCAAAAAUCAAACUGGUGCUUCCCCAUAAAGCAGCUGUCAAGGCUAUAGCCUUCUGUCCUUGGGCUAAUUCAAUUCUAGCUACUGGGGGAGGGAGCAACGAUCGUACUAUUAGAUUCUGGCAUGCCAAUACCGGUACUUUACUAAAUACAUUUGCUGCAAAAGCCCAGGUUACAUCAUUAUUCUGGUGUAAGGACAGAAAAGAGUUAAUAUCAACUUUUGGGUACGGUAACUCAGAAAAACCCUUGUUGCUUUCCGUCUUCUCUUAUCCAGAAAUGAUUCCCUUGGUCGAAGUCUCCAGUACUACAUACCUCCGAUGCUUAAGUGCGUGUCAAUCUCCUGAUAAGGGUUCCAUUUGUGUUGCCGCAAAUGACUCGUUCGUAAGAAUCUAUAAAAUCUGGCAAUCCUCUGAAGGACCACCUUUAUCACCCGGGUCAAGAAGUGUCGGGAUAUAUGGUAGCUCCUUAAUUGAGAUGUAUGAAGGUAUCACAAGGGGUGAUAUUCUUCGGUAA